GUGACGUGUACCGGAACUCGACUGCCUGACCGCAGCAGCAGUAACGUUAGCUACUUAAGACAGGUGUUGGCGGUGUGUUGCUGGCGUUUUCUGCCGGUUUAUUAAACCUACAUAGACGUUAUUGUGUCAUAUUUACGUUAGCUUCAUUUAUAUCUUUAAACAAAUGCGAAACAAGAGCGCCAGUGUGCGUUUUGCCUAGCUAGUGUUAGCUGUCACUGUCACGCCAUCACCAUCAGGAACAUCCUGCUGAGGACAGGUCUUGCAUGAAUGUCCACUGAAGCAAUGGCCAGUCCAAAUGAUCUACAAUUCCAAGAGUUUGAGGAAGCUGCAGAGCUCCUAUCUGCAGACCCGGGGGCCUCCACACUUAGCAUGCCUGCCACAAACACCCCCACCACAGCAUCAGGAGGAGGAGAGGAUGUGAAACUGGACCUAUCGGAGGAUGAGGAGGGUCAGGAGGAGAGCUCAGAGCUCCUAGGAGGACAGAAACCAAGUGGCGGCUUCUGGACCUUUGAGUACUAUCAGUCUUUCUUCAAUGUGGACACGAUGCAGGUACUGGACAGGGUUAAGGGGUCUGUGAUGCCGUUACCUGGAAGAAACUUUGUUAAACACCACCUCCGGAGUAACCCAGAUCUAUACGGUCCGUUCUGGAUUUGUGUGACGCUGGUGUUCUCAGUAGCGAUCAGUGGGAACCUGUCCACCUUCCUCAGCGAGUUGGGAAACCCCGACUACCACUACAGACCACAGUUCCACAGAGUCACGAUAGCUGCAGUAGUGAUCUUCAUGUACGCCUGGCUGGUGCCCGUCGGUUUAUGGGGUUUCCUGACGUGGAGGCAAGGGGCUGAGAGGCAGAUUGGAGGCUAUUCCUUCCUGGAGACCGUGUGCGUCUACGGCUACUCUCUCUUCAUCUAUAUCCCCACCUCAGUGAGUACAUCCACACUCUGGAGAUUUCUGUCUGUUAGUAGCGGCUAUCAGAGUCAUAAUAAGCUGUAUUAUGGCACCAAAGCUGUCUAAAUUACCCCUGAUUACCUGAUCCGAAUACAGAAGCCCUGUGGUUGUUCAAAGCCUCCCAUCAAUG